AUGGUGGGCACCUUUGAAUGCAACACUGCACAGUUAAAAGGGCCUGAGGAGUGGGCUGUCAGAUUAGCUCACUAUCUCACAGAUGAGUCACAGAGAGCCUAUGUUGAUUUAAAGGUGUCUGAGGCCAGCUCCUAUUCUCACUUGAAGGAGAUUAUACUCAGCAGGAUUGGGUUGACAGGCCCCAGUAAAGCCCAAGAGUGGCGGCAGAACCAAUCUGAACCUCCAAGGGUCCAACUGGCAAAAUUUGCCGGACAGAGCAAAGUCUGGCUACAGCUGGAUAAAAACUGUGCUCAGUGGGUAGUGGAAGUGGUUGCUCUAGACCAGGCAAUACGGGUAUUAGACUAUAGUGUACAGAACUGGGCCCUGCAGGCUGAUCAUCAGACAUUUGAGGCAUUAGCAGUGUUGAUUGAGAGUGCUAACCCCACAACAACAACUACUGCUGCACCGACAACUACUGCUGCACCCACAACAUCUACUGCUGCACCGACAACUACUGCUGCAACCACAACUACUGCAUCCACAAAAACAACUGCUGCACCCACAACAACAACAACUGCUGCUGCACCACCAACAACUGCUAAUGCUACACAAACUACUGGUGCACCCACAACAUCUACUGUAGCACCCACAAUAAUUUCUGUAACCACAACUGCUGCACCCACAACAACAAAUGCACAAAGUGCUGAACCCAAUACAACGACUGCGGCACCCACAACAACUGCUAAGCCCACAACUGCUGCACCCACAACAACUACCGCAACCUCAACAACUGCUGCACCCACAACAACUGCUGCACCCACAACAUCUACUGCAACCACAACAACUGCUGCACCCACAACAACAAAUGCAUCAACAACUACUGCUGCAACCACAACAACUGCAGCCUCAACAACCACUGCACGCACAACUACUGCUGCAACCACAACUGCACCCUCAACAACUGCUGCACCCACAACUGCUGCACCAACAACCACUGCACACACAACUACUGCUGCAACCACAACUGCACCCAAAACAACUGCUGCACCCACAACAUCUACUGCUCCACCCACAACUGCUGCACCCACAACAUCUACUGCUGCACUCACGACUACUGCUGCAACCACAACUGCACCCACAACAACAACUGCUGCACCCACAACAACAACAGCUACACCCACAACUGCACCUUCAAAAACUGCUGCAACCACAACAAAUGCACCCACAUCUGCUGCACCAAGUGCUAAACCCACAACUACUACUGCUGCACCGACAUCUACUGCUGCAACCACAACUACUGCUGCAACCACAACUACUGCAUCCACAAAAACAACAACUGCUAUGCCCACAACUGCUGCACCCACAACAACUACUGAUGCACCCACAACUACUGCUGCAACCACAACUGCAGCCUCAACAACCACUGCACGCACAACUACUGCUGCAACCACAACUGCACCCACAACAACUGCUGCACCCACAACAACUGCUCCACCCACAACAACUGCUCCACCCACAACAACUGCUGCUACAACCACAACUACUGCUGCAACCACAACUGCACCCACAACAACAAAUGCAUCCACAACAACUACUGCACCCACAAUAACAACAACUGCUACAACCACAACAACUGCCCCUACAACUGCUGCACCAAGUGCUAAAUCCACAACAUCUACUGCUGCACCCACAACUACUGCUGCAACCGCAACAACGGCAUCCACAAAAACAACUGCUGCACCAACAAUAACAACAGCUACUGCUGCACAAACUACUGCUGCACCCAAAACAUCUACUGCAGCACCCACAACAACUGCUGCAACCACAACUGCUGCACCCACAACAACUGCUGCACAAAGUGCUGAACCCAAAACAACGACUGUUGCACCCAAAACAACUGCUAAGCCCACAACUGCUGCACCCACAACAACUACUGCACCCUCAACAACUGCUGCACCCACAACAUUUACUGCUACACACACAACUACUGCUGCAACCAAAACAACUGCACCCACAACAACAACUGCUGCACCCAUGGAAACGAAUGCAUCCACAACAACUGUACCCACAACUACUGCUGCAACCACAUCUACUGCUGCAACCGCAUCUGCUGCACCCACAACAAAUGCAUCAACAACUACUGCUGCAACCACAACUGCAGCCUCAACAACCACUGCACGCAUAACUACUGCUGCAGCCACAACUGCACCCUCAACAACUGCUGCACCCACAACAAUUGUACCCACAACAACUGCUGCACCCACAACAACCACUGCACCCACAACAUCUACUGCUCCACCCACAACUGUUGCACCCACGACUACUGCUGCAACCACAACUGCACCCACAACAACAAAUGCACCCACAACAACUGCUGCACCCACAACAUCUAAUGCUGCACCCACGACUACUGCUGCAACCACAACUGCACCCACAACAACAAAUGCACCCACAACUGCUACACCCACAACAACUUCACCUAUAACAACUCCUGCAACCACAACAAAUGCACCCACAACUGCUGCACCAAGUGCUAAACCCACAACAACUAUUGCUGCACCCACAACUACUGCUGCACCCACAACUACUGCUGCAACCACAACUGCAGCCUCAACAACUGCUGCACCCACAACAAUUGCACCCACAACAACUGCUGCACCCACAACAACAACUGCUGCUCCCACCACAACAACAACAACUGCUGCACCCACAACAACUGCUACACCCACAACAACUGCUACACCCACAACAACUGCAACCACAACAAAUGCACCCACAACUGCUGCAUCAAGUGCUAAACCCACAACAUCUACUACUGCACCCACAACAUAUACUGCUGCAACCACAACUACUGCUGCAACCACAACGGCAUCCACAAAAACAACAACUGCUGCAACCACAACAACAAAUGCAUCCACAACAACUGCUGCACCCACAACAACAACUGCUGCACCACCAACAACAGCUACUGCUGCACAAACUACUGCUGCACCCACAACAUCUACUGCAGCACCCACAACUGCUGCAACCACAACUGUUGCACCCACAACAACUGCUGCACAAAGUGCUGAACCCAAAACAAUGACUGUUGCACCCAAAACAACAACUGCUGCAACCACAACUACUGCACCCUCAACAACUGCUGCACCAACAACAACUGCUGCACCCACAACAUUUACUGCUACACACACAACUACUGCUGCAACCAAAACAACUGCACACACAACAAUUGCUGCACCCACAAUAACUGCUGCACCCACGAAAACGAAUGCAUCCACAACAACUGCACCCUCAACUACUUCUGCAACCACAACUACUGCUGCAACCACAACUGCAUCCACAAAAACAACUGCUGCAACCACCACAACAACAACUGCUGCACCACCAACAACAGCUACUGCUACACAAACUACUGCUGCACCCACAACAUCUACUGCAGCACCCACAACAAUUGCUGCAACCACAACUGCUGCACCUACAACAACUGCUGCACAAAGUGCUGAACCCAAUACAACGACUGCUGCACCCAAAACAACAACAACUGCUAAGCCCACAACUGCUGCACCCACAACAACUACUUCACCCUCAACAACUGCUGCACCCACAACUGCUGCACCCACAACUGCUGCACCCACAACAACUGAUGCAACCACAACAUUUACUGCAACCACAUCUACUGCAACCACAACUACUGCUGCAACCACAACAACAAAUGCAUCAACAACUACUGCUGCAACCACAACAACUGCAGCCUCAACAACCACUGCACGCACAACUACUGCUGCAACCACCACAACAACUGCUGCACCCACAACAACCACUGCACCCAAAACAUCUACUGCUCCACCCACAACUACUGCUGCACCCACAACAUCUACUGCUGCACCCACGACUGCUGCACCCACAACAAAUGCAUCAACAACUACUGCUGCAACCACAACAACUGCAGCCUCAACAACCACUGCACGCACAACUACUGCUGCAACCACAACUGCACCCAAAACAACUGCUGCACCCACAACAUCUACUGCUCCACCCACAACAACUGCUGCACCCACAACAUCUACUGCUGCACUCACGACUACUGCUGCAACCACAACUGCACCCACAACAACAACAACAGCUACACCCACAACUGCACCUUCAACAACUGCUGCAACCACAACAAAUGCACCCACAUCUGCUGCACCAAGUGCUAAACCCACAACUACUACUGCUGCACCGACAACAUCUACUGCUGCAACCACAACUACUGCAUACACAAAAACAACAACUGCUAUGCCCACAACUGCUGCACCCACAACAACUACUGAUGCACCCACAACUACUGCUGCAACCACAACUGCAGCCUCAACAACCACUGCACACACAACUACUGCUGCAACCACAACUGCACCAACAACUGCUGCACCCACAACAACUGCUCCACCCACAACUGCUGCUACAACCACAACUACUGCUGCAACCACAACUACUGCUGCAACCACAACUGCACCCACAACAGCAAAUGCAUCCACAACAACUGCUGCACCCACAAUAACAACAACUGCUACAACCACAACAACUGCCCCUACAACUGCUGCACCAAGUGCUAAAUCCACAACAUCUACUGCUGCACCCACAACUACUGCUGCAACCGCAACAACGGCAUCCACAAAAACAACAACUGCUGCAACCACAACAACAACUGCUGCACCAACAAUAACAACAGCUACUGCUGCACAAACUACUGCUGCACCCAAAACAUCUACUGCAGCACCCACAACAACUGCUGCAACCACAACUGCUGCACCCACAACAACUGCUGCACAAAGUGCUGAACCCAAAACAACGACUGUUGCACCCAAAACAACUGCUAAGCCCACAACUGCUGCACCCACAACAACUACUGCACCCUCAACAACUGCUGCACCCACAACAUUUACUGCUACACACACAACUACUGCUGCAACCAAAACAACUGCACCCACAACAACAACUGCUGCACCCAUGGAAACGAAUGCAUCCACAACAACUGUACCCACAACUACUGCUGCAACCACAUCUACUGCUGCAACCGCAUCUGCUGCACCCACAACAAAUGCAUCAACAACUACUGCUGCAAUCACAACUGCAGCCUCAACAACCACUGCACGCAUAACUACUGCUGCAGCCACAACUGCACCCUCAACAACUGCUGCAUCCACAACAAUUGUACCCACAACUGCUGCACCCACAACAACCACUGCACCCACAACAUCUACUGCUCCACCCACAACUGCUGCACCCACAACAUCUACUGCUGCACCCACGACUACUGCUGCAACCACAACAACUGCACCCACAACAACAAAUGCACCCACAACAACUGCUGCACCCACAACAUCUACUGCUGCACCCACGACUACUGCUGCAACCACAACUGCACCAACAACAACAAAUGCACCCACAACUGCUACACCCACAACAACUUCACCUAUAACAACUGCUGCAACCACAACAAAUGCACCCACAACUGCUGCACCAAGUGCUAAACCCACAACAACUAUUGCUGCACCCACAACUACUGCUGCACCCACAACUACUGCUGCAACCACAACUGCAGCCUCAACAACCACUGCACGCACAACUACUGCUGCAACCACAACUGCAACCUCAACAACUGCUGCACCCACAACAAUUGCACCCACAACAACAACUGCUGCACCCACAACAACAACAACUGCUGCACCCACAACAAAUGCACCCACAACUGCUGCAUCAAGUGCUAAACCCACAACAUCUACUGCUGCACCCACAAUAUCUACUGCUGCAACCACAACUACUGCUGCAACCACAACGGCAUCCACAAAAACAACAACUGCUGCAACCACAACAACAAAUGCAUCCACAACAACUGCUGCACCCACAACAACAACAACAACUGCUGCACCACCAACAACAACAACAACAGCUACUGCUGCACCCACAACAUCUACUGCAGCACCCACAACAACUCCCACAACUGCUGCACCCACAACAACUACUUCACCCUCAACAACUGCUGCACCCACAACUGCUGCACCCACAACUGCUGCACCCACAACAACUGCUGCAACCACAACAUUUACUGCAACCACAUCUACUGCAACCACAACUACUGCUGCAACCACAACAACAAAUGCAUCAACAACUACUGCUGCAACCACGACUGCAGCCUCAACAACCACUGCACGCACAACUACUGCUGCAACCACAACUGCUGCACCCACAACAACCACUGCACCCAAAACAUCUACUGCUCCACCCACAACUACUGCUGCACCCACAACAUCUACUGCUGCACCCACGACUACUGCUGCAACCACAACUGCUGCACCCACAACAAAUGCAUCAACAACUACUGCUGCAACCACAACAACUGCAGCCUCAACAACCACUGCACGCACAACAACUGCUGCAACCACAACAACUGCUGCACCCACAACAACCACUGCACCCACAACAACCACUGCUCCACCCACAACAACUGCUGCACCCACAUCUACUGCUGCACCCACAUCUACUGCUGCACCCACGACUACUGCUGCAACCACAACAACUGCACCCACAACAACUACUGCUGCAACCACAACUGCAGCCUCAACAACCACUGCACGUACAAAUGCAACAACAACUGCUGCACCCACAACAACUGCUACACCCACAACAACUGCAACCACAACAAAUGCACCCACAACUGCUGCAUCAAGUGCUAAACCCACAACAUCUACUACUGCACCCACAACAUCUACUGCUGCACCCACAACUACUGCUGCAACCACAACGGCAUCCACAAAAACAACAACUGCUGCAACCACAACAACAAAUGCAUCUACAACAACUCCUGCACCCACAACAACAACUGCUGCAACAACAACAACAACAACAACAGCUACUGCUGCACAAACUACUGCUGCAUCCACAACAUCUACUGCAGCACCCAUAACUGCUGCAACCACAACUGUUGCACCCACAACAACUGCUGCACAAAGUGCUGAACCCAAAACAAUGACUGUUGCACCCAAAACAACAACUGCUGCACCCACAACUACUGCACCCUCAACAACUGCUGCAACCAAAACAACUACACCCACAACAACUGCUGCACCCACAAUAACUGCUGCACCCACGAAAACGAAUGCAUCCACAACAACUGCACCCACAAUUACUUCUGCAACCACAUCUACUGCUGCAACCACAACAUCUGCUGCACCCACAACAAAUGCAUCAACAACUACUGCUGCAACCACAACAACUGCAGCCUCAACAACCACUGCACGCACAACUACUGCUGCAACCACAACUGCACCCUCCACAACUGCUGCACCCACAACUGCUGCACAAAGUGCUGAACCCAAAACAACGACUGUUGUACCCAAAACAACAACUGCUAAGCCCACAACUGCUGCACACACAACUACUGCAGCCUCAACAACUGCUGCACCCACAACAACUGCACGCACAACAACAAUAACUGCUGCACCCACAACAUCUACUGCUACACACACAACUACUGCUGCAACCAAAACAGCUGCACCCACCAAAACAAAUGCAUCCUCAACAACUGCUACACCCACAACAACAACAACAACUACUGCUGCUGCACCCACAACUACUGCUGCACCCACAACUACUGCUGCAACCGCAACAACGGCAUCCACAAAAACAACAACUGCUGCAACCACAACAACUGCUGCACCAACAAUAACAACAGCUACUGCUGCAACCACAACAACUGCAGCCUCAACAACCACUGCACGCAUAACUACUGCUGCAACCACACCUGCACCCACAACAAACACUGCACCCACAACAUCUAUUGCUCCACCCACUACUACUGCGAUAACCACAACUGCACCCACAACAACUGCUGCACCCACAACAAAUGAAUCCACAACUGCUGCACCACCAACAACAGCUACUGCUACACAAACUACUGCUGCACCCACAACAUCUACUGCAGCACCCACAACAACUGCUGCACAAAGUGCUGAACCCAAUACAACGACUGCUGCACCCAAAACAACAACUGCUAAGCCCACAACAACUACUUCACCCUCAACAACUGCUGCACCCACAACUACUGCAACCACAACAACUACUGCAACCACAACUACUGCACCCACAACAACAUAUGCAUCAUCAACUACUGUAACCACAACAACCACUGCACGCACAACUACUGCUGCAACCACAACUGCUGCACCCACAACAACCACUGCACCCACAACAACUGCACCCACAACAACAAUAACAACAACUGCUGCACCCACAACAACAAAUGCAUCCACAACAACUGCUGCACCCACAACAACAACAACAACUGCUGCUGCAACCACAAUAAAUGCACCCACAACUGCUGCACCAAGUGCUAAACCCACAACUACUACUGCUACACCCACAACUACUACUGCUGCUGCAACCACAACAUCUACUGCUGCAACCACAACUACUGCAUCCACAAAAACAACAACUGCUAUGCCCACAACUGCUGCACCCACAACAACAACUACUGAUGCACCCACAACAACUACUGCUGCAACCACAACUGCAGCCUCAACAACCACUGCACACACAACAAUUGCACCCACAACUACUGCACCCACAACAACUGCUGCUCCCACAACAACUGCUGCUCCACCAACAACAACUGCUGCACCUAUGACUACUGCUGCAACCACAACAACUGCACCCACAACAAAUGCAUCCACAACAACUGCACCCACAACAACUGCUGCACCCACAACAACAAUUGCAUCCACAACAACUGCUGCACCCACAACAACUACUGCUGCUGCACCAACAUCUACUGCUGUACCCGCAGCAAAUAUGAACGUGGAUUAUCACCAGUAUGCAGUUACAAGCACCUAUGUGGCUGCAUCGCUCCUUCCCAUCUACUUGAAGUAG